ACGGAGUACUAGUAGAAGAGAGGUGUUCAAAAUACCAAAAAAAAAAAAUAAAAAAAAAAAUAAAAAUUUGUGAGAAAUAUUCCUGAGAACAAAGAUAAUAUACUAAAACCCUAGAUAUAUAAAUAUAGAAAGGGAGUGCACCACUGAAACUCCUCUCUUGUUCACAGCCUUUUUCUUCUCCUCUUUUGGUUGCGUAACGAAUCUCAAUUCACUGUUUCAAGGUAGGAGAGAGAGAAAAAGUCUGCAACCAUGCUCGUUUACCAGGACCUCAUUAGCGGUGAUGAGCUUUUGUCCGACUCAUACCCCUACAAGGAGCUCUUCAAUGGAUGCCUUUGGGAGGUAGAUGGAAAGUGGGUUGUUAAAGGUGGUGUUGAUGUCGACAUUGGUGCCAACCCUUCUGCCGAAGGUGCUGGGGAGGAUGAAGGUGUUGAUGACCAGGCUGUCAAAGUUGUUGACAUUGUCGACAUCUUUAGGCUACAGGAGCAACCUGCCUACGACAAGAAGCAGUUUGUUGCAUGGGUAAAGAGAUACAUCAAGAACCUCACUGCCAAAUUAGAGCCUGAGCAGGCUGACGGGUUCAAGAAGAAUGUUGAGGCAGCAACCAAGUUUCUCAUGUCAAAGCUCAGCGACCUUCAAUUUUUUGUCGGUGAGAGCAUGCAUGAUGAUGGUGCAACAGUCUUUGCUUACUACAAGGAAGGUGCUUCCGACCCAACUUUCUUGUACUUUGCUCAUGGCCUGAAGGAAAUCAAGUGCUGAGUGAACGAGCUGUGCUAAACAUCUCUCAAGAGGUGUUUGACGUAAUUUAAGCUUUCUAGGUUAAGCUGUUCUAAGUUUUAUUUUUGCUGUAUUUUUGUUAAUUCUUGUUGUCGACUUAUUGUAUGUUUUGACAAUGUGGGAUGGUGGCACCAGUUGGUUAGCCUUCCCUCGUGUUACUGUUUUGCUUGAUUGAGACUGGAUAUAUUAAUAUAUAUACAAGCGAUUUGAGAAUAAGCAAUCUA